AUGUCACAUACWGGGCCUUUUCGUGAGAAAUACUUGAUGGCUAAAGCCAAACUUUCUACCGAGCUUGUGAUAAAGGUUCCUAUCAAAAGGUAUCUAGAAUCAAAGUCUUUAGAGAUUGAGCGAAGUCCAGGCGAUGGCCAUUGCCUUGUCCAUUCGGUAACAACCAGCCUCCGUCAAAAUGGAUAUACGAUAUCUUCCAAACAGAUUUUGGAACGUUGUCGUUGGGAACUGUUACAACAUAGAGAAAUCUAUGAAGCAUUUUACACCGGAGAGGACUUACUUGAGGAAUUUGACCAUCAUGUCAACAGUAACAACUAUAAUUUACAAGUUGUUGACAUCAUUCUACAGGUAAUUGCCAAUUGCCUUAAAACAACCGUUUGUGUUGUCGAUGUUCGUGGAAAUGCCGUUGUGGAAUCAGAUUUUCCUCCUAGAGAAUCCCCUUGCCCUUCACAAUUUUACAUUUUAAGGCGUGGAGAGCAUUUCGAUGGCCUUGUUCCUGCAGCUUCAUUUAUCAGCAACGAUACUAGUGAAAACGAGUCAAAUGAAUGUUCCGGGACCUAUGUUAUACUAAGCAGUGAUAGCGAAACCGCUGAGGUUACCAAAGAUACAGAAGAAAUUAGCCAUCCAGAAUGUUUUGUCAUAAGUAGUAAUAGUAGUAGUAUCAUAAGUAGUAAUAGUAGUAGUAAUAGUAGUGAGACAGAGCCUGAAGAACUGUGGGAGGACAGUGUGCCUGGUCUGGUGAAGGUUAAAAGUGGAAACUUUCCUUAUCGCAAUUUGUUUGACUCACGAGAUAAGACUAAUCUAAAAACAAGUCCAAAAAGGAGMAAAAAUAGUAAAGGUUCGAAAAGAACCAUCAAAAAAAUCCGUAGAAGCGUGAGUCCACCACAAGAUUCAGAAGGAUUAAGUGARGAGUGUAGCAGCAAUGAAGAUCAGGGCGAAGCGCGAUUUUAUCAGGAUGACCCCUGUAUGCCAAUUUUUAAACAUGGGAGGUAUUCACCUGUUUAUGCUGACUUUUUUAAGACACUAGUAGAUAAGCCUAAUAUGAAGUUAGUGUGCACUAAACUGCKUCCGCUUGUCGAAGACAAUCUUUCAUUCCUUAUUUCAACUAAGUCAUCAGACGGCGUGCCUUUGUCUGAUAUAGGCUAUGAUGGUCAUAGUUCCUGGUUGUCUGACGGAGUGCGAUCAUUCCUAUUCAAUUUGACCACUGAAGGUGAAUACAAAUUAAUUGCUAAAAAGAGAACACCAAGUGGAAAGACUUUGUCGAAAAGCGAGUAUGUUCURGUAAGAAAGUACUUUCAUAACAAGCAUUAUCCAGAUUUWAAAAAAAUGAUUGUAUACGUUAUGAAUUAUAGAGAUCAAAUUUGCAAUGACAUAGCGUUUUUGCAAUAUAGUUUUAUCGGUCCAUCACAUGCCAUAAAGCCGCAAAAACAUGGCAAUGCAAAGGGGAGUGGUCGAACUUACUGCAAAAUCAAACCCUCGGUAGUUAAGAAAGCAAGUAGCUGCACUAACGCAGCACGUUCGGUUGCAUCCAAUAUAGACGACUUGGGUGGCAUUCAAAACAUACAAAAUCCCGCAGACGUUUUGAAUGCAAAACAAUUGCAUGACUUAAAAUCUCGUAGUUAUAACGUACAUAACACUCAUACAUCGAAAGGAGCCGAUGAAUUAUCGUCAAUCUGCGAUAUGGCUGAAAACAAUAUGAAAGACUUCAUACGAGAGAUAAAAGAUUUUCCCGAACCUUUUAUUGUGCUUGCUACCGACCAACAACUACUUGAUCUAGAGCGGUUUUGCACCGAUGAUAGUGAGUACUGGCCGAUGUCAGUUGAUCCAACCUUUAAACUAGGGAAGUUUANAUUUCUUGAAGACAUCAUUUAUGGUGAUGAUGCCCUUCUUGAUAGUGCCGAUGAGAACGACUUUGAUAAAAGACUUGAGUCGUUAGUUUCUACUAGUUGGAAAAUCUUAGAUCCUUCGGAAAAGUUUAUAAAUUACAUUAAGUCACUAGAGUCAGUUAUGAAAUCGUCCAUGAUUGCUUCAGUCCGAACGCGUGCUGGUUUGGGAUCACCGCCCGUACCUUUUUACACCAAUGAUUGUGAAAGUAAUAAUUUUCGACUAAAACACUGGUUAGGGUUCAGAGAAAAAAGCUUGCCAAAAUUUGUCGAAGAAAUGGAAUCUUUUGUAAGAGCAGAAAAUGAGGAAGCUAACAAGGCUUAUUGUGACAUCAGGGGUAAAUAUUAUGUUCGUUCUGACUAUAACAAGCAGCUUAAGUGUAGCAAUUAUUUUAAAAUGUCUGUCAGACAAAGACAAGCAUUCCUUAAGAAAGUUCAUACAAUCACUCUUUGUGAGCUUAACGCCCAUUCAGACUUGUCAAAUGCCAUGAAUGCAUCACUUGCAAAUAGUGGGCUUGUCAGUAUACCUCAUGAAAAAGRAGGUAUUAAUAUUAACACCUAUACCCUUAAGCAGAUCUGGGCUGCUGCGGCAAAGUUACUGGAAAACUCCCAAAAAUCUAUUUUUCCCGCUCCUUGUCWKASAGAAAACGUUCUAAAGUUCUCAGUUUUAAGAUGCAUGGAAACACCUGAAGAUGUACAAAUGGUAACUGCUUAUGAAUCUGGUAAAUUUGAAUGCAAUUGCAAAUAUUACAACGUUCAUACCAUCUGUAGUCACGUUGUAGCUUGUMCUGAGCUAAAUGAACAGCUGAAAUCUUUUCUGAACUGGCAUUUAAAAAACGGCAAGACAACAAACAAACAUAAGCAGGCUACAAUGAACUUGAACCUACGAUGCGUAGGACAAAAGGGUAACCGCCCACGCCGAAGAAGGCAGACUGAUAAUCCAUCUACUAAUCCAACUGUCGGUUCGGCUGCAUCUUUAAACCAAACGAUUUGUGGAAGCUUAGAGAAGCAUGACACCCAGUUAAUACUGAAGCAUCUUCAUMGCACCCGAAUCCAAAAGUGUUACGGGUGUCAUCAAGUAAUACGAACCCCACCAGCUGUUCCCCCUGAGCCUUGCGACUUUGUUUUGGCUGCCAAGAUGUUGUAUUCAUUCCACCACCCCACAACUGGCACCUUGGUUGUCAAAAGAGAUUGGAAGCAUUUCCAUUUGAUSCGAUCCUGCGUGAGGUCAACGGACUUAGAAAUUCAUUUAUGCGAGCUUAUUAAGCCAAAACUGAAGGAUAUCCAUUGGGACCAUUUAAAGAAAGAAUUUGGCAUUGUUAGGCAGUAAACACUUUG